UUGACAGUUGACAGAUGAUGCGCGGUGACGCUUUACCGAAGAAUCUUGGUUGUUAUUGUUUUUGUGACUUUUCUUAUUAUCUAGUGAAUAAGAAAUCGCUGAACAAGAAAAAAUAAAUAAUACAUACAAAUACCUUCCGAUACAUCUAAGAGUUCCAAAAUAUACCUGGCGACUAACCUCCAAAAUGCCUUACGCGAAUCAACCUUCUGUACACAUUACAGAAUUAACUGAUGAUAAUGUGAAAUAUGUUGUUGAAGACACCGAAUUAAGCGUAGCAAACAGCAUGCGUCGCGUGUUUAUUGCUGAAACACCAACAAUGGCCAUCGAUUGGGUUCAGUUGGAAGCAAACUCUACAGUUCUCAGUGACGAAUUCCUCGCUCACCGUAUUGGUCUCAUUCCCCUCAUAUCCGAUGAAGUCGUAGACAAAAUUCGUUAUUCCAGAGAUUGCAUGUGCGUCGACUUCUGUACAGAGUGCAGCGUCGAAUUUACUCUGGAUGUGAAGUGCACUGAUGACCAAACCAGACACGUGACGACUGCUGACUUGAAGUCGAGUGACCCACGAGUAGUGCCUGCCACGUCUCGCCACCGGGAUGAAGAUCAAGCAGACUAUGGAGAGGCAGAUGAGAUUUUGAUUAUCAAGCUCCGAAAAGGCCAAGAGUUAAAGCUGAAGGCCUAUGCAAAGAAAGGCUUUGGAAAGGAACAUGCUAAAUGGAAUCCUACUGCUGGUGUUUCAUUCGAGUAUGACCCAGAUAAUAUCAUGAGGCACACUCUGUACCCCAAACCAGAUGAAUGGCCUAAGAGUGAACACACAGAACUUGAUGAAGAUCAGUAUGAAGCAGAAUUCAACUGGGAAGCCAAACCUAACAAAUUUUUCUACAAUGUUGAAUCAUCAGGAUCUUUGAAACCUGAGAAUAUUGUCCUAAUGGGUAUUGUAGUUCUAAAAAAUAAGUUGUUAAAUCUCCAAAUGCAACUAGCUCAAGAGGCACAAAAUGAUGCUUUAGCUAUUAAUUAAAUUUAAGGACAGUAAACAAUAAAUAUGAAUUAAAUCUAA